AGCAGCUUGGAAAGAGAGAGAGUGGCGGCGACCGAUGAGUCUGCGGCACGAAAACCUUCAUCAUACAACCACAAAAAAGACGAAAAACCCACCGAGGAAGGCCGCACGGAAACCCGCUGCUCCUGGGAGAUGACAUAAACGCAACAUGGACUACGCUAGAGAGGAAGCUUAGCUGGAAGGGCGGACAUUUUAAGUCAACCGGGCUCGCUUUCGGAACAUCUGUAGAGCAUAAUGUGGCCAUCCGCUAUCCUCCCACCGAGGUCGAGUUAACGCUAUUUUAGCCGUUUACUCCCGUUUUCGUUUAAAAGCCCAGCUAAUUCCUUUAGCCCUAGCUUGUGAGGAGCGGUGAAGUCAUUGAAAAGGGGAAAGGCGAUUUAAUCAUCUCCGUAACGACAAGGAAAAUCCGCUUUCUCACUCGGACUCGCCCUGCCCUGCCCCCCUCUCCCCUCUUCCCCCACCACAACCCGCGUUUACAUGCUGUGUUCCCCCUGAAGUGAUCGCUCCUCAACCCCCCCAUCUACCCAACCCAGCUGGGCUAUUAUCCGCCGUCGAGGAUGCCGGAUCAGAUAUCGGUAUCCGAGUUCCUCUCGGAGACCACCGAGGAUUACAAUUCGCCCACCACGUCCAGCUUCACCACCCGGCUGCAAAGCUGCAGGAACACCGUCAACGUUCUGGAGGAGGCAUUGGAUCAGGACAGGACUUCGCUGCAGAAGGUGAAGAAAUCCGUCAAGGCCAUCUACAAUUCGGGACAAGAUCACGUCCAAAAUGAGGAAAACUACGCCCAGGCUCUGGACAAAUUCGGCAGCAACUUCAUCAGCCGGGACAAUCCCGACCUGGGCACGGCCUUCGUCAAGUUUUCCUCACUCACCAAAGAGCUGUCGGCCCUACUGAAGAACCUGCUCCAAAGCCUGAGCCACAAUGUGAUCUUCACCUUGGACUCGCUGCUCAAGGGAGACUUGAAGGGCGUGAAAGGGGACAUAAAGAAGCCCUUCGACAAGGCGUGGAAGGACUAUGAAGCCAAAUUCACCAAAAUUGAGAAGGAGAAACGGGAGCACGCCAAGCAACACGGGAUGAUCCGCACUGAGAUCACCGGAGCUGAAAUCGCUGAGGAGAUGGAAAAGGAGCGUCGACUCUUCCAGCUCCAGAUGUGCGAGUACCUCAUCAAAGUGAACGAGAUCAAGACCAAGAAAGGGGUGGAUCUCCUCCAGAACCUGAUUAAGUAUUACCAUGCGCAGUGCAAUUUCUUCCAGGACGGCUUGAAGACAGCCGACAAACUGAAGCAGUACAUCGAGAAGCUAGCAGCCGACCUCUACAACAUCAAACAAACCCAGGACGAAGAAAAGAAGCAGCUAACCGCCUUGCGCGACCUCAUCAAAUCUUCCCUCCAACUGGACCAGAAAGAGGACUCCCAGAGUAAGCAAGGCGGCUACAGCAUGCAUCAGCUACAAGGCAACAAAGAGUUCGGAAGCGAGAAGAAAGGAUACUUGCUGAAGAAGAGCGACGGGCUGAGAAAGGUGUGGCAGCGAAGGCAGUGCUCGGUGAAGGGGGGCAUCCUCACCAUCUCUCACGCCACAUCCAACAGGCAACCUGUGAAACUCAACCUUCUCACCUGCCAAGUGAAACCUAGUGCUGAGGACCGAAAGUGUUUUGACCUCAUUUCUCAUAACCGGACGUAUCAUUUCCAAGCUGAGGACGAGCAAGAAUUUGUCAUCUGGAUUUCAGUGCUGACAAACAGCAAGGAGGAAGCUCUGAAUAUGGCGUUCCGUGGCGAGCAGAGCAGCGGCGGCGAGGACGGCCUGGAGGACUUGACCAAAGCCAUCAUUGAGGACGUGCUGCGCAUGCCGGGCAACGAGCUCUGCUGUGACUGUGGCGCCGCAGAUCCAAAAUGGCUGUCUACCAACUUGGGCAUCCUCACCUGCAUCGAGUGCUCCGGAAUCCACCGGGAAAUGGGCGUGCACAUCUCCCGCAUCCAGUCCAUGGAGCUGGACAAGCUUGGAACUUCAGAACUCUUGCUGGCCAAGAACGUUGGGAACAGCAGCUUCAAUGAAAUCAUGGAAGGGAACCUACCUUCCCCUUCACCUAAGCCCACCCCUUCCAGUGACAUGACGGUGAGGAAGGAGUUCAUUAACGCCAAGUACGUGGACCACAAGUACGCCAGGAAGACGUGCUCGUCGGCGGCCGCCAAGAUGAUCGAGUUGUACGAAGCCGUCAGGUCACGCGACCUGCUGGCACUCAUCCAGGUUUACGCUGAGGGGGUGGAGCUUAUGGAACCGCUGCCAGAGGCGGGGCCGGAAGCAGGCGAAACAGCACUGCACUACUCAGUCCGGACGGCCGACCAGACCUCACUACACCUUGUCGACUUCCUGGUACAAAACAGUGGCAACCUGGACAAGCAGACUGAAUGGGGCAACACGGCCCUCCAUUACUGCUGCAUGUACGAGAAGCCCGAGUGCCUCAAGUUGCUCCUCAGGGGCAAACCGGCCACCGACAUCACUAAUCAGAACGGCGAGACCGCGCUGGACGUCGCCAGGCGUCUGAGGAACGCUCCGUGCGAGGAAGCGUUGGUUCAAGCGGCCGAGGGGAAAUUCAACCCUCACAUCCACGUGGAGUACGAGUGGAGCCUACGCUUGGAGGAAAUGGAUGAAAGCGACGACGACCUGGACGAUAAACCCAGUCCCAUCAAGAAGGACCGGUCGCCACGACCGCAGAGCUUCUGCCACUCGUCCAGCCUGUCGCCGCACGACAAGCUGUCGCUGCCGGGCUUCAUCAGCCAGCGCGACAAGCAGCAGCGUCUCUCCUACAGCGCCUUCACCAACCAGAUGUACAGCGCCUCCACCGACCUCACGUCCUCGCCCGUGGCCGACGGACCCCCGCUGCCGCCUAGGAACCAGGGAAAAGCUCCUCCGACCCCGUGCAGCCCCACCUCUCCACUCUCGGCGGGAGGCAGCGCCACCCUGUCCAAGAAGAGGCCGCCGCCCCCGCCGCCCGGCCACAAACGCACCCUGUCCGACCCGCCCAGCCCGCUCUGUCACGGCAGAGGCGGCCUGUCCGGGGGAAGCGACUCCACGCCGCCUCCUGUCAACAAGAUGUCGCCCGUCUCCAACAAGUUUGAAGGCAUUCCGCAGCAGCAAAGUACGACUUCAAGCAACACAAAGUCCACACUUGGUCCAAGGGUUCUUCCCAAACUACCUCAGAAAGUGGCAUUGCGCAAGAUCGACACCAUCCACCACCCCUCGGUGGACAAAGCCGGCCUCCCUCCGGAGGUCUUCCAGAAGUCGCCGCCGGGCACGGACGGCCCGCAGAAGGCAGCAGCCCCGGAGCGGCCCCAGCCGGGCGACCCGCCCCCCAAGCCCCAGCCGUCCGAGCUGCCCCCCAAGCCGGGGGAGCUCCCGCCCAAGCCGCAGCUGUCAGAGCUGCCGCCUAAACCGCUGCUGGGCGACCUGCCGCCCAAACCGCAGCUCAAAGACCUGCCGCCCAAGCCGCACCUAGGCGAAGCGCCGCCCAGGCCAGGGCCCAGCGAGUCGGCACCGCGCCCGCCGGGGGAGGCGCCGGCCAGGCCUCAGACGCAGCCGCCACCGCCGCCGUCUCAACCGCAGCCGCCGGACUCGCCUUCGCCUGGUCUGCCAGGGCCCCCGCCUCCGCUCCAACAAGUGGCCGAGGACUCUGACGGGACGCCGCCCGGGACGUCUGAGACCCCCGUGCCCCUCCCCAGGAAAAUCAAUGCGGGUAAAAGCAAGGCGCGUCGCGUGAAGACCAUCUACGACUGCCAAGCGGACAACGACGACGAACUAACCUUCGCCGAGGGCGAGGUCAUCAUCGUCACGGGCGAGGAGGACCAGGAGUGGUGGAUCGGUCACAUUGAAGGCGAACCCGACCGCAAGGGCGUGUUCCCCAUGUCCUUCGUGCACAUCCUCAGCGACUGACCCCCAACCACCUCCCUCAUUCCAAACCUUUGCACUACACCUCCGUGUAAAUUAACAACAACUCCGCUCACGUAAAAAGUCCAAAAAAGACGCGUCCGUGCUGUACAAAGAAUGUGCGUAACCAUCCCUUAUCCCUCCCGCCAGUAUUACUUCCCCGCCUAUAUUCAAAAACAAGCUCCCAGCACUUAGCUCUGUGUGUGUAUAUACGUCUGUAAAUAUAUUUGUGCGUCGGCUGUACAUACAUGUUUUCCUGUACAAACAAAAAAACAUGCUAUGGCACAUUUUAUCCGUAAAGCUCCCACCCGGCUUGCUUUGUGUGUACUCGUGUUGUUUUCCGGUAGAGCGAGCCAAGCUGCUGCUGCUGCUAACGAUAGCCUGUGGUGGAAUCUCCCAUGUUUACUUGAUUUCCCGACUGGAACGCUCACCUCAGGGUCAGAAGAGCCACUAAAGAAACACAAAGGCACCCCCGAGCCACUAUUGUUGUUAUUAUUAAGCAGUAUUUGACAAAGAUCAGCAAUAAGCGGGGUGGCCAUUUUCCCUAAUUUGCGGAGAGAAGCUUGUACAUGAAAUAUGGAGAAGCUGAGAUUGUGAUGUUGUCACCCGCUCCUCACUCACUUGCAGUUCGUCCCGUUGUUUAGGAACCAAAAAAAAAACUGAAAAACAACCCAUUGUAUCAUUAAAGUGCUGUACUUCAACGUCAA